AAGGUGGAUAUCGAGGAGCCCGACCUCUACAUCCCGGUGAUGUCGUUCACCACGUACAUUCUAGUCUACGGCGUGCAGCGGGGGAUCAUGAGCGAUUUCAAGCCAGAGGUUUUGUCCUCGUCGUUCUCCUUUGCGCUCACGCUGCUGGUGCUGGAGGUCGCCCUGGCCAAAGGCGGCUUCUACCUCGCAGGCUGCGGGAUCUCGAUCCUCGACAUAACAGGUAACUGCAGCUGCAAGUAUGUGCACACCGUGCUGAUGGUGCUGAUCAGAAUACUCAUUGGCGACAGCAACGUCUACUACAUUUUCUUCUGCUACCUGGCUGCCUGCGCUGGGUUCGCGACCUUUCGAUUCAUGAUGCGACAGGAUCCCAACGGGACGCAGGCGCAGUAUGGCAUGCAGCCCAGCAACCUGCACAAGCACUUCGCCAUUGGCAUCGCUGUGGCGCAGCUCCCGCUCUGCUGGCUCCUCACGCCCUCGGCCGCGUCCAAGGCGAUCGCGGCCGCGGCCUAGGGCUUGGCCCCGUGCGAGGCGCCGUGCGGCGGAGGCUCCGCGGGCGAGUGGAGGUGCUCGCGCUGCUCGGAGGCGUGCCGCGCUCCUGAGGUGGCGGCCUGGUGGCUGGCCUUGGCCAUCUUCGAGGCGGGCGUCAGAAAGGCGCGCGAGGAGGCACCCCGGCCUCCCCCGCGGGGCGUCCCUGGUCGCCCCCCCCGAGGACGGCGCCAGCGCUGCGCCGCAGGGUUGGCGGCGGCAGGAUGCUGGGGUGGUGGCGGCGGAAGCGGCCUGGCCGCACCUCCCCCCUCUCCCUCGCCCUCGCCUCUCGGGUGGCUACGUGGCUGACCUGGCGCUGGGGCCUGGCCUCCCAGAGGGGCGCGGCCCCUUUCGCCUCCUGCUUGGCCGGCGGCCCUCCCGCAGCUGGUUUCGUAGGCCGCCCGUGGCAGGCACUUCACCUGGCCGCGGCGGCCGCUUUCGCUGCUAUUUUUUGGCUAUGUGCCAAUUGCAUGCCGACAGAGGCAACGCCACAGGCGCUUGCGCCCAGCGCGCCCAUCGCUAUUGCAGCCUCCGCCUGAGGCCGCUUCAUUUCGCGCCUCGGGACAUUGUGGUGGACAUUGAGCAGGUAUGGUGUG